GCAGGAUCACAGCAGCGCCUCUCCCGCUCCCCCUCGCCGCUGCCAUGGCCGGAGCAGCCGUGGGGAAAGGGGGACCAGAGCCCGACAGCUCCGAGGAGGAGCUGGACGCCAGGGACGCACCCCAGGAGUGCUACAGGCAGGGUUUGUGGGUGUCCCACGGCAGGGAAGCAGACGCCAGCCCGGGGGACACGGAAGGGAUGAAGGUGAGGAAGAGGAGCAGGCCGGUGCGCUCCAAGGCCAGGAGGAUGGCUGCCAACGUCAGAGAGCGUAAGAGGAUUCUGGACUACAACCAAGCCUUCAACGCCCUGCGGCUGGCCCUCAAGCACGACCUCGGUGGCAAAAGGCUCUCUAAAAUCGCAACCCUCCGGCGAGCCAUCAAUCGGAUCACGUCCCUGUCGCUGUCCCUGCACGGCGCCGGCUGCUGCUGGCCCUGCGCCCACUCCGAGUGCCGCGCCCGGGCCGGGGUCCCUGCGCAGGAGUCGGGGCUGAAGGGCAGCCGCCCCCAGCUGCCCUGGGAGCCCGUUUCUGCAGGGACACGGUGCCCUCCGUCCCCUCUCAGCGCUGCGUUUUCCCCUCAGAGGCGGCUCCAUCACUACGAGAGCCCCAAGGAGAAUCGGCCCGUGCCCAGCCCCGCCUGUUGCUCCGGCGGGAUCCCGCACCCCGCGCCCCUCGGCGCCGGCCAGCCGCGAUUCACGGGCAGCCUGCAAGAGCCCCUGGCCGGGGCUGUCCCCUGGCAGCUGGGCUACUGCCAGGGCUGGGGACAGCAGCAGUGCCUCCCCACGCACUGACCUGCAGGGCGGCGCGGGAAGGUAACGGAGCCGUGGCACGCAUGGGGGGAGCGGGAGGGGACUGCUCCGAGAGCCCCCGACACGCUGUACAGGACCCUGCUGAGCGUCUCCCCUCUGCGGGAAAACUGCGGAAAGGUGGGAAGUCCUCUGGAAGUGCCAGCUCUGUGUUCGAAGUCUCACUGCUGCUGAUCGCCGCUGUUAUUUAUUCUCUCUUGCUUGCUCUGCGAGAAAAAAGAGUUACAAACCCAGAA